AGAGAGAGGGAAAGAGAGAACAAUAAAAGACACACUCCACACAUCAGUUGGGAUUCGCGCAAAAAUUGAUGGUUAAAAUAAAUAAAUAAAUGAUUUUCUCGGUUCCACACAUGGCAAAGUGCAGUGCGCCUUGAAUCGCGUCAAUUCCUGUGUCCGUUCCGUAAUCCCAAAAAAUGCUCGAUCCCAAGACACACAUUUUUUUGCACCAAUUUUGUUUUAUUUCGAAAAUAACCUGCUGCUCUGCCAGAUGAAAACUCAUUAAUUUUCCGAAAUGAACGCGAAAUUCGAUGUGCUGUGCUGUCUGUAAUUUUAAACGCAUUUCUUGCGCCUGUUUUGACAUUGAAAUGAAACAACCAAUAACAAUUGGAUAAUUAAAAAGGAGAAAAACACGCACACACCUGCAGAAAUAGAAUAUCUAUCUAUCGAUCUAGAAGAAACUAACUCAGGGAGCUCUGGAAACUCAGGAAACUCGGUUAACUCACAUACUCAGAUACUUAGAUACUCAGAGAGAAAGACGUAAAGAUGACCACGCGUGGGAUUCGACGUAAGAAGUCCACGCUCACGGAGUUGAAGAUCGCCGUAAUUGGGGCGCCCAGCGUUGGCAAGAGUGCCCUAAUCGUUCGUUUCUUGACAAAGCGUUACAUCGGCGAGUACGAUCAUCAGACAGAGAAUCGAUACAAACACGAGGCGAUGGUGGAUGGUGAGCCGGUUCUGUUUGAAAUACUGGAUACCUGUCCCAAGGCCGAAGACGAAUACCCCAAUGCCUCGGAACUCGUCCAAUGGGCCGAUGGCCUGCUCUUGGUCUACUCCAUCACAGAUCGCAAGAGUUUCAACUAUAUACGCCGUGCUAAAUCCGAUCUACAGUCCGACACACCUGUCCAGCUUUGUGCCAACAAAGUGGAUAUGGUGCACCUGCGUCAGGUGAGCCGCGACGAGGGCGAAAUCCUGGCCAAGGACUUUGAGUGCAAAUUCAGUGAGGUCUCUGCCGCCGAUCAUGUGGACCAGGUGGCCGAGGUCUUCAAUGAGCUGUGCAAGGAAGUGCUGGCCUCCAAGAGGAAGUCCAAGCAGAGCCUGCUGGAAAGGAUGCUGGGCGGAGCACGUCCCUAUAGUCGGGGGAAGAGCGAUAGUAAUUUGCCAAAAGACUGAUAGAGAGAUGGUUGGUGAAAUCUUAAUGUAAAUAAAUGUACAUUUUUUAUUAAAACGA